GACUCUUCUCCUCAUUUCCCCUCUCGUGGUCCACAGGAGCGUCCGCGCAGGAGGCGGCGGAGAAGUUCAACUGAGCUGGGCAACAGAAACAAAGCCUAACUACCCGGUGCUGCGGUACAAGCGAACCCAGCCUCCCCGCUUUGAAGAGAUUUCCUUUUCCUUUUUUUUUUGUUGUUCACGGAAAUGCCUCACCUGAAGUUUUCCACCGCACGGUGAAAGUUUGGAGCCGCAGAGGAAGGGCGCAGCAGGGGGACGCUUCAAAUGGAGAGAGGCUGAAUUUACGCAUCCGGAUCAGAAAAGUUUCGCAAAGGUAUUGGCACACUGCGUUGAGGUUUGGCCUUGUUAGAGCGGUGCCUCCUGUCCGACGCGAUGGACUCACGUCUUUUGUGAAGGGGCACAGCUCCAGUGUGAGGCGGUAUGUCUAACCGUGACUCGCUGGGGUUCGGGGAACUGCUCCCCCAGGAUGUGGUUCAGAUUUUUGCGCAGGAGAAGCACAGCAAAAAGGGCCACAAGAAGCGCAGUCACUCCCUCGGCCGGGCUCUGGGUUGGCUGAAGGGCAAGAAGAGGAAGGAUCUGGGACCUAAUGGGCGGAGUCUGGGUUUGGGUCCUGCACUCGACUUGGCCUUGGAUGGGCACCAUGCUGGGCACAAGGGAGUGCUGAGGUCAGGACGACAUACACAUCCACAUGGAAACAGUCACGCUUUACCAAAGCGAGAUGACGAUGACGAGACCCAGGCGCCGCUGCUAGUUCAGGAGAAUGUGUUCAUCGAGGCCAGCAGGCCCAAGCACCUGGAGGAUCUUCACACUGAGGCCAUGGAAGGGUUGAAAAUGAUGCAGCAGGAGGAAACCAAUAACGGAGUGGAGUUCCAGGAUAAUGAAAGCACAAUUUCAACAAGGACGGCCCAAACAGACGGGGAGGGUGGAGGGUUUAUGACAGACAGCAGCAUUGCAGACACAUCCUCCAUCGUCUCAGUACAAUCAUCUGUUUCCAAUAGAUCGUCCCGUUCUGGACUCACCAGACAAGGAUCAACAUUCAGACCAUUGAACUCUGGGAAAAAGUCAGAAAAGACAAGAAGAAGACGACACAGGAAGACUGUUGCGGGUAUACCACAGCAUGUCCAGAGAGAGUGGGGGUUGGACAGACAGGGCUGGUCACUGGCUAAUAAGUUAGAGGAAGAACAGCUUUAUAAUGGUGAGACUGAUGAGAGCCCCACCACCGAUAGCCCACAGCUAGCAGCUCAGUCACAAAAGGGAGCCGGUGCCGGCCUUCAAGACAAAAGGAUCCUCCAUCCCCUAAACAAGGCCCACAUCAAGCAACUCAAUGCCUCCCAUGCUGGACAUAGGGAUGACCUGGCCCUGUUGCACCGCAUGGGCUCUGGCUUUUCUGAUGGACAGAGGCCGCGGUCGCUGGCUGUUCCCUGGAUGACCACUGCCAACAGUCUCCAGCAGGAGCCGCCUAGCCCUGUCAUGUCCAUGUCACCCCAGGCUAAUUACAUGUCCAAAAUCAUUCCCAAUGCUGUGUUGCCACCGUCCAUCGAUGUGGUAGAAAUCAGCCGUAAACAGAGUCGCAACAGCCUUCGCACUGUCAGCAAGAGCAGCCUGCUUCUCUCAAGCCCAGCCCCCUCCCGUGCUUCCUCUAGAGCGUCUUCGUCCAGAACCACUUCCUCAAGAGGUUCUACCAUCACCUCCGCCUCCCGCAACAACUCCCACAAUCUGUCUGACAGCUCUUGUUGGAGUAACUCUGAGUCCUCAGAGACCUUGGUGUCUGACUCCUCAACCAUCUCCAGCAGCAGCACCCCCCGCCAGAGGUCGCAGGCUGGUGAGGCUUUUGCUAAAGAGGACAAUGUCAGCAGGUCUUCUAAUGGCACGCUCAUUGGUGAAGCACAAGCACCUAAGAAGGAGGGACCAUUUGUGCGUAGCCUUUCCGUCAUGAAGUCCAAGAAGGCUCCUCCUCCUCCAAGCCGCUCCUAUUCCCUCCACAAUAAGAUGAAGCGGCGAUCACGUGAUCUGGCCGAGGUUAGGGUCUUUCCAGGCGAAUCUUCCCACCACAGAAUCUCCACUACAGUUGAGGAAAAUGAAAAAAACCAUUCAGAACCUUCAUCCAUGUCCUCGAGUAUCAUAGACAGCCCUGGCUACAAUGCUGACACCAGUUCUCUGGAGGAAUCCACAGGGUCAUUCAGUCCCAUUAGAGCCCAGGCACUAAAGGCAGGGGAAGCUGUAAAGGUUGAUUCUUCACAAGAGAAGCAGGAACCACCUCAGGAGAAUAGGCCCAGCAAAAUAAUCUCACCGUCCAGUGGUUACUCCAGCCAAGAUGGAACAUCCCCACAGCUUUCUAAACAGCCUCAAAGUACAUCUCCAAGGCACAAGAUCAUCUUGGCAAAGCUUCAAAAGUUCUUUCCUGGGUCCACAUCUGCUGGUUCAGCUCUGUCCCCUCUCAUAAAAUCAGAGGCUCCUAAAAACAUUAGACCCUCUGGGGACAAUAACAUGGACUCAGUUGACACAGUUGGUGCCAGUGCCUCUGUAAGGACAUUGAGAGAACUCUUUAACAUCCCUCCGCCACCUAAAGUCCACGCACCUCCACCCCCUCCACCAGAGGUAUGGGCUCACAGCAAGCGAAGCUUUGAGCUGCUGCUUGGACCCCCGGCACCUGACAACCUUUAUGCCAUCAUAAAGAAGAAUCCAAAGGACAGGAGACAACAGAGGCAGUCGCCCUCUGCCUCUACAGAUGGAUCUGUGAAGAGCUCGGUGGAAGAAAGAAAACAGAAGAAUCCAGUUGUAACAGUGGAGUCCAGUAAUGGAUCCUUACAUGUGAUUGAGAGAAGGAAAGUUCAAGAAAGUGUGAUUUCGAAUGAAGAGAUUCAUAAAGAGAAGAAUGAAAGACUGGCUCAGAAUGUUGAUUUGAAAGGAAACGGCAAGGUGACAGAAAAAGCCAAAGUAAGUGACAUAAUAAAUGAGAUGUUAGUGAAGGCUGUAGAGAAACGUGAAAAAAGAGUGACAUCAAUUAAAGAAGACGCAAAAAAGACAUCCACAGAAACAACAGAGGUAAAGACCAACAUGGAUAUCUCAUUAGCACUCAUGUCUCCAUCACCCUCGCACCAUUCUCCUCAACCCCACGCUAAACAGACCACAGAAGUUACCUCUGUCACAUUAGUACGAGCUGUUGUAUCCCCUGAGUCGUCCUGGCCCCCUCCACCUCCACCUCCAACAAUAGCACAAGUGGACGUUGCUGGGCCUGAUGUGACAGAUUUCCCCCCACCUCCCCCAUUGUUUGGUGAGGUAGGGUUUGUCAUACCUGUUCAGGUGCCACCAGAGAGGUCCACUCCUGGUGGGGAGUCUUCUGCAACUACAUCUGUUGUAUCAGUAGUGAUAACAGAGGCAGAACCACAGAAUUCCAGUUCAUCCCAAGGGGCUGCCCCUCCACCACCGAAUAUCCCUCCUCCACCACCCUAUACAGCCCCCCCUCCGCCAAUUAUAGCAGUCUCCCCUCCUACAAUUAAAAAGGCCCAUCUGCCGCCAAGAGAAAUCUUUCCACCGCCACCUAAAGAAUUCUCUCCCCCACCACCCAAGGAAGUCUCUCCUCCAGCCCCUAAGGAAGUCUCUCCUCCAGCCCCGAAGGAAGUCUCUCCUCCAGCCCCGAAGGAAGUCUCUCCUCCAGCCCCGAAGGAAGUCUCUCCUCCAGCCCCGAAGGAAGUCUCUCCCCCACCACCUAAGGAAGUCUCUCCCCCACCACCUAAAGAAGUCCCUCCGCCACCACCUAAGGAUGUCUCUCCCCCACCACCUAAGGAAGUCUCUCCUCCAGCACCGAAGGAAGACUCUCCUCCGAGCCCUAAGGAAGUCUCUCCUGCAGAACCUAAAGAAGUCCCCCCCCUACCACCCAAUGAAGUCUGUCUGCCACCACCUGAACAUGUUUCUCCACCCAAACAGUCCUCUCCUCUUCUGGUUAAACAUGUCUCCCCUCGACUGGCUAUCAAGAACCCCCCUUCGACAGAGAUACUCCCUCCAUCUACUGAAGAGGUUGUUCUUUUGUCUUCACAAGAAGGUGUCCCUCAAUCAUCUGUAGAAGAAACCCUUGCUUGCAAGCUCAACCCACCGAAAAGUAUUCCACCUCCACCACCCCUACAAUCAAAGCCCUGUGUGUCAGAGCGGGAUAUUGAUCUCCCAAAAGAAGACAUCCUACCCGAACCUGAAAUGAAUCAAGUUUCACCCAGCAGUAUUCUCCUUCCCCCACAGAGUAUCCCACCUCCGCCUCCGGUAGAGCAACCUCAGGCUGUACCUGGACCAACAACCGAUGAGGUCCCACCAUCGCAAUCAUCUGAAGUGUCAAUACCACAAGGUCCUGAAACCUCUCUUUCACCAGAAAAUCCCCAAGAACCAGCUCCUUCUCCCUCUGUAAACAUUCCUUUGCCUCCACCUUUACCUGUGCAGGGUCUUACCAGCAUUAAGCUUCAGUCUAGUACUAUAAGCACAGAAAACCAAAGCCAAGAGCUGAACUCUGCUCAUGUUGUAGAGGAGGAACCCACUCCUGUUGUAACCCCCUCCCUCCUACAGAUGGUCAAACUGCGGUCUGUCAACAGCAGUCCCGAGCCCCCUAAAGCUCAAGAGGAACUCAAGACAGAGGUCACAAUGAGAAAACAGCAGCCCAGUGAUCAGGCUCCAACCUCAUCUGCCAACGGAGAAGCUCCUCAAAAACCUAUCAGAAGGUCUCUGAUAGUGACUUGUCCUACAUCCACUUCUCUGCCUGUCAUCGUCACUUCACAACCAGCUUUACCCAAGUCCCAGUCUCUUGUGGCUCCACCUGCAUCUUCAUCCACAGUACCCUCCCCUACAAAAAAGUCUCCUCCUGCUACGACUGCCUCUCCUUCCAUGAAACUACAGGAGGCAAUCCGGCUGAGGACAGCAGCCAGAUCAAAAGAGAGCCCUGCAUCUCGCCUCAGCGUGCCAUCACCUACAUCACCAAUAGACCUCCAAAGGUCCCCCAAGUCCCCCACUAGCACAGCAAGCUUUAUCUUCUCCAAGAGCAACAGGAAGGUGGUGAUUGAGACCAAGCCAGUGACAGAGGCCAAGACAAGAGUGCAGAAUAAGCUGGAGGUUUCCCCUGUAACAAAGGUGGUGAGUGAAUCAGAGUCUUUGAAGAAAGCGAGCAAGAUGCCACCACCUGUAGCAAAGAAACCCAAAUCGAAGGCCAAAGAGGAUGAGACCAGUGAAGGGACCGAGCAAACUGCAGGACAGGAAGCACAGCAAGAGAGUAUCCAUGAUGGGGCAGAGAAGACAAAUGGGACAGCAGGUGCGGUGGAAGGAGGAGAAACACUAUCGACAUGAUUGUAAAGACUGAAGGAGACCGGGAAGGACUAACUAAUAAUAACACUGCAAGUUGAUCUUUGUGAGUGACAGAUAUGAAACUGGAUGUGGAUAGAUGCUUAUUUCAAAAACUGGAAUUUGAAACAUGCUGGAUUUAAUAGAAAAUCAUUUGAAUGUCUUGUUAAUGGUGUGGGUCUUAAAGUACAAAGUUAGCAUUUUACUAAGAAUCAUCUAUUUUCUUUUGCUAUAGGGGGCAUUCAGAUUUUUACUGUUGCAAGAAAUGGGAAUAUACUGCCCUCUAGUGCCAAACAAUGAUUGUACCACUUGUGUCCUGCUGAAUCAGAGCUUGUGGUUAGUACUUGCAAUGAUGGGACUUUUGGGCAUUCAUCUGUAAAUAUAGCAACGUGUUGUACAUUUUAAUUAUCCAGUACUGAUGGAUCUUUGCUAUCCUGUUUUUUUUCUGUAUUUCCCCCCCAAAGACUUUCCACACAAAUGAUAUUUGUUAAAAAGAAAAAUAUUAAUUAUCUUAAGUUAUUUUUCCUGUAAUGUUCAGAGGAGAAUGUCUACUUUGCAAUGUUGUGUUAAACCCUUAUAUCAUCAUAUAAAUCAGUUUGUUUGUGUCGAUCUUAAUCCUAUCCAAAUUUGUUUUCUCAAAAUAAAUCCCACUUAAUUAUUUUAUGAUUCAAAGCCAUCGAUGUGCAUGAACACUAUCACAAAAAGAAAGAAGUGGACAUGACAGGUUAUACUGGAAUCGCUUUAUAUUUGGAGCAUGUUUUCUGCUGCUUUUAGUUACUGAUAAUGGAGGCUUUGCCUUUCUUACAGUUAUUAUGGCUCUAACAGUGGGAUAUUUCUAUGUUGGACUAUAAUAUAUUUCAAAGUGUUUUCAGACAUCGUAAUGUCAAAUGAUCAUUUAUUAUGGAAAGAAUAAAGAUUUAUGGACAAAUUAAA